CCGGGGCGCGGAGGUCAGCCGGGCGCUGGGUGCGCGUGGAGCCGCCCCGCACGUGCGAGCGGAGCGCGCUCAGAGCGGCCGCAGCGGUGAGCAGAGUCUGUGUGGCUCCCUGAGACCUGGGUGUGCUCUCACAGCUGCAAUGGCCUUCCUCAAGACCUACAGCCUUCUCUGCGGGCUCACAGAGUCCCGCCCAUUGGAGCAGCAGUGACAUGGAGAUACCUCAUCUCUGCCACUUGUGUCUACAGGGCACUGUCACCUCCUCAAAGACGGUCCACAUCUUACCUCCUUCCAUCACUGUAUGACCAUGAAACUGUCACCCCAUUGUGCACAGGCUCAGACAGAGGACACCUCCUGCCGGGGACAUGGCCUGCAGCCAGUGCUGUCCCCAGGUUAGGAAUUUGGAGCAAUGGGCGACUGGAGCUUUCUGGGGCGGCUACUAGAGAGCGCGCAGGAGCACUCCACAGUCAUUGGCAAGGUCUGGCUGACGGUGCUGUUCAUCUUCCGGAUCCUGGUGUUAGGGGCUGCGGCGGAAGAGGUGUGGGGCGACGAGCAGUCCGACUUCACCUGCAACACCCAGCAGCCGGGCUGCCGGAACGUCUGCUACGACAGCGCCUUCCCCAUCUCGCAUAUCCGCUUCUGGGCGCUGCAGAUCAUCUUCGUGUCCACGCCCACUCUUAUCUACCUGGGCCACGUGCUGCACCUUGUGCGCAGGGAAGAAAAGAGGAAAGAGAGGGAGGAGGAGCUACUGAGGAGGGACAGCCCACACCCUGCUCGGGCUCGGGCCCUGCGGGGCGGGCCGGGCGCACCGGACCAGGCCCCGGGGAGCGAGGAGCGAGGCCGGGUGCGCAUGGCCGGGGCGCUACUGCGCACCUACGUCUUCAACGUCAUCUUCAAGACGCUCUUCGAGGUGGGCUUCAUAGCCGGGCAGUCCUUCCUGUACGGCUUCCAGCUGCAGCCACUGUACCGCUGCGACCGCUGGCCCUGCCCCAACACGGUGGACUGCUUCAUCUCCAGGCCAACCGAGAAGACCAUCUUCAUUCUCUUUAUGCUCGCGGUGGCCUGCGCGUCGCUCGUGCUCAACGUGCUGGAGAUCUACCACCUGGGCUGGAAGAAGCUCAAGCAGGGAGUGACCAACCACCUUGGCCCUGACGCCCCUGACGCCAGGCUCGGUUUGGCGGAACCUCUGCCUCUGGCGGCGCGCCCCGGCCCGGCCACGGUCGCCAUCGGGUUCCCACCCUACUACGCGCACUCCGCCUCCGCGCCCGGUCAGGCGGCUCCCAAGGGGUACCCCGGGGCCCCGCUGCCGACCGCAGACUUCAGAACGGUGGCCCAGGGUGAGGCACACGGGGAAGGCCAUCCCCUGCCGAUGACAGCGCAGAACUGGGCGUCUCCGGCUUGGGCUCCCGACGCCCCGAUCCCCCCGGGCCGCACCCCCCAGCCUCUGCAGGAGGCGGGGCCUGGGGAUGGUAGCGGCAGCAGCCUGGAGGGGAGGGUGCGGGUCGGCACCCCUGAGGCCGAGGCACAGGUGGAGGCGCCCGCCCCGCUCCUCGGGGACACCGGGAGGUCCAGCAAAGCCAGCAGCGGACGGGCCAAACCGAGGGACCUGGCGAUCUAGCCGUGCUCUCUCCAGACCGCUUUAUGACACCCUUUUUCUAGAAACCCAAACCAAAGUGCAGUUCAAAUCAUCAGAGACUGAGAGGGAGAGCGCGCGGGAGUCCCGGGAAGGAGAGGGUGGAGAGACUCAACCAAGCGGGUCCGUGUUUAAUGCUUCCUGUUCUUAGCCCUGUGAGUUUUAGUGGGAUGAAACCAACAUUUCUGAGGUUGGGAGGUGCGGACAAAGGGAGGGGGUGGCUUUUAAAGAUAUUCGCAGCAGCCUGGUUGCUGAGGGGCCUCUGGGCUCUCCUGGUCUCUCUGGGUAACUGUUCUGUUGUGAUAAAGCGACAGGUGUCUGCAGCUCUUCAGUCCCCGGACAACUGGCUUUUCUCUCCCUGAGCUCACCAAGCCCCUAGGCAGCCUAGAAAGUUACAGACAACACUUAGCUGUAUCUCAGCUCCAUACUUUUAACUUAGAGUUGAAUUUCAUUUGGGAUAUUUGCCAAACUGCACUAAAAAAAGAUUCAGAAUGAGUCCACGUAGUGUCAUUUGAGUUUCUGAAAUUGCAUGUGAAGCCCAGGAUGACAAACUGCAGGCUUCAAGUGACAAAGAGCAGUUACCCUCCAGAGGCCGACUGAGUAGGACAGGGCCAUAGGGGCUGCCGGUGGAAAGCAGGUGGGGAUGCAGGGACACUUGAAGGCACUUUGCAACCCUGAGGAAACUGACAUAAAAGUGUCUAAGUAUGCCUUAGGAAUUUACUUUUUAAAUAUUUUGUGCUUUGAUCUGAAUGGUACAGGUAUGCCCCCCUUCCCUUCAGGUACAAGGGCACUGUUAAAAAGGACAUUGAAUCAGAGGUGGUUUGUCAUACAUGCUAGUAAAGAUUUUGAACUUUCUUUCAAAAGAAACUCUUCAUAAGUCAGCUAAACCCUAUGAGAAUUCCCUAUAUAAAAUAAAAGCGGGGGAAAUUUAAGUGCAUUUCAAAUACAGGAAGUUGAGAAAUUUUUGAAUGAGCAGUUCAAAUUUAACUAUUGCUGCCAGGAAAAUCAUUUAUACAGAUGUAUCAGUGAUGAUCUGCUUUUUUUUUCUUUUUUAAGAAAACAGUCCAGAAUAGAACACUUCAUGUUCCUAACCAUUCUUUGUGGGCAGGCUGGUGGCUUUCUAAAGCGUAAGCAACUGUCUGGGUUUUAGGGCCCUGAGAGAGGUGCUGGUGGUGGGGUCACCCUGCUUCCCACCCGCACAGGAGCUGUCCCGGCAGGGGAGCUAUUGAGGUGUGGGCGCAGCUGAGAGAGGGUAGAGUCUUCUGUAGGGCUCGGCUGCUGGGGGCUUGGGUCACCGUUCGUGAACUGAUAGAAAUGGUGAGCCUGUCUCCACCCACACUGUUCACCUCCAACUUCUACUGAGCAUUGUUUGUCCUCAUUCAGCAAAAGUUUUUAUUUUCUCAUUUAAUUCAUUUAUUUUUACAACUUAAUUUCCUGAUGAUUCACUGGGACCACCCUCUGCAGCAUGCUUCCUGUUCUGUAUCCUAAAGGGGGAUACACCAACAGUCUGAUGAAGAGAGUGUGAUUUUCACUGCUGAGAGCUGUGUGCACACCUGCUUUUGUUUAGGAAUCAUUGGUGUGUUCUGCUUGCUACAGGAUGCACUUUCAUAAUCAACCACCUAGGCUUGAAAAAUGCUAACUUUUCAUACAUAUCCUGGAAGCAGAAUUAAGCCCUUUGGAAAAUAAUUUGCAUGUCUUUCCUCAGUUCUCCUGACCCAGUGCAUAUCUCCAGCCAGUCUAGAUGCACGACUUCUAACUCAUCACACACAGUGGGUGUAGCAGGGCUGAUCUCCCCCAGUGAAAAGCAUUCUAAUAAAAACUUUCUCUCCUUCUAGAAACUGCAAUAGCAAUCAUCAGAGAGCACAAGUCAGCUAGCAGCAUGAAUCUGAACACUUACUUAGUUCUUUAAGAUCUGUUGUGAUAAAUUUGAAUAAUAAUAAGCUUUUUGGGGGGUACCAGCAUUGAACUUGGGACCUUGAGUUUACGAAGCAGGUGGAGGAAUCACUGAGCUAAAUCCCCAGCCCUAAUAAUAAGCUUCUUGUUUGUCCACCAUUUACUUUUGAAUGAAGAUGGAAAGUGAUAACUGUAACUAUGUUUAGCUUUUACAUUUUAAAAUUCAUAUGUUCAUGAAAAUACCAGUUGUUUAACUGAACACAGCCUAGUUAAUCCAUUUAGUCCAUGGGUAUAGGAAUGCAAAAUUAGACUCACAUAUUUAAAAAACAGUAAUUUAUUAAGAAGAUUUUACAAUAGAGCAUUGCCUAUAGAAUUUUACUGGCACAUAGUCUACUGAUUUCAAUUCAUAUGAAAAAUGACAAUAUGCCUUGCAUUGUGUUGCUCUUUGAAGUAUCCAUAUCUUGAAGGAUAGGCUCCUUGUCCCUCAUGGGAAGUAUGGAAUUGCUUUCUCAUGAAUCAUUUUAGGCAUUGAAAUGUGCAAUAAAAAUAGAAAUUGCCUCUCCCCAUGGACAAGAUUCCAGACAUAUUUGUUCUAGCCUGUUAAUGAUUUGGACAUUUUAUUGACACUAAUUUUCUGUUGAGUUAAUAGGAAAAAUUUUAAAUACCUAAGUUUAGUUUAAAACUCAGGUGCUAUACCUAAUAUAUUUGUACACAUGAUGUUCAAUCUACAGUAUACAUACAGUUACUUCUUUGUGUGUGUUUUUUUUUGGUACCCGGGAUCGAACUUGGGUCCUUGGGCUUGCACAGCAGGCAGCAAAACCACUGAGCUAAAUCUCCAGCCCCAUACAGUUACUUCUUACAUCCCUGUUUUUCGAAGCAUAGUCACCUUGACACAAUCUAUGGUGGUUAAAAAAAUGUUAAUCAGGCCGGGGAUUUAGCUCAGUGGUUCUGGCGCCUGCCUCACAAGCACAAGGUCCCGAGUUCGAUCUCCGGAACAAAAAAACAAAAAACGUUAAUAUCACUAUAGUCACAGGGAUCAGAUUCAUUUUUUCAAUUCUAAAAUAUUUAUUAUCAUUCACUUUCUAAGAUUUAUUUUACUGAGGUUUUGUUUUUUUGUUUUUUUUUAAAUAAAAUUGACCAGUAAAAGUACCUUAAGUUUCCCAAGAAAAGGGGGAAAAGAGCAAGCCAGCCUAUUUCUGGUGUAGUUUGGCUUUCUUUGAUCUGGAUAAGUAAGUUGAUAGAUCAUAGAGUUCUUAUACAAAAAUACCUAAGAUAGAAACUAUGACUAUAAUUCAAACACCACUGUAUUUAAAAUUAACCUAUGGCCUGGGCGGGGGUGUGGUUCAGUGGUCAAACACUUGCCUCGCAUGUGUAAGGCCCUGAGUUUAAUCUCUACCUCUGCAAAAAAUAAAAAUUUUUAAAAUGAGGCUUAAGAAUGUUUUAAGUUUGGGUUACUAUUAUUACUAACACUUCCUGUAGUUCUUCAGUAUUAGUGAAUAAAGUCCUUUUUUUCUGAAAUUUUUUCUUUUUAACUUUUUCUUUUGAUAUUUGAAAUAUUAAUUCGUGGAUCUCCACCACAAUAAAUACUUCUAGAAAGUACUUAAUGAUUUAAGAGGGAAAUAUUUUUUUAUAAAGAUCAAUCAAUUCCUACCAUUAGUUCAGGAUAUUUUAGAUAUAACAUGAACCUUAUAUAUUUAAAGUCAGGAAAUGGUGGCUAGGGAUGUAACUCAGUGGUAGAAUGCUUGCCUAGCAUGCAUGAGGCCCUGUAUUUCAUCCCUAGCACUGCAAAAGGAAAGAAAAAAGAAAAGAGGAAAGAAAAGAAAAAGUCAGGGAAUACAUUUCUCUUCCUCUUUCUGAAUUACGCUGCAAAUCUUGGGUCUACUCACUCUUAGGAUUUCUUAAAUCUUUUUUUGUUUUUGGUACCAGGGUUCAAACUCGGAUCCUUGUGCCUGCGCAGCAGGCGGUGAAACCACUAAGCUAAAUCCCUGGCCCUUAAGAUUUCUCAUUGCCUAAUGACUUUUUCCCCCUUCACAUUACAAAAUAUCAUAACAAGACUUUUCCUGGUCAGUUAGCUAUUUAAAUUACCCUAAAAUCAGUGAACUAUUUCUAGAAAGUACUAUAUGUGAAGAUGUGUGUUGUAUAAAAGUUACCCCUAUAUUUACAAAAUUCUUACUGAAACUUGAUUUUUGUGUCAUAACCAUGUCUUUCCCAGAUUACACUAUAAUUGAAAAUAAGCAUUUUAUAAAAUAAUAAAACGUGGCCUUCAAUUUAAAUUGAUA